UGUGUAUGUUUCUAGAAUAAAAUACAUUUUGCAAAUAUUUUCUGUUAAUUGUGACAGAUUUUAAGAGAUUAAAGUUGUUAUUGUUUUUUUUUAAAACAACAAACAAGUCUGCGCUAUAUACAUCAUGUGAAAACUCACCCAAAUCUAAUUGUCAAAGAGGGGAUGAAAAGAAAAAAAAAACGCUGAUACAUUUGUUUAUAAAGCGGCAUUUUUGUGAAUAAAUUCAAUAUAAAAUCUGAUUGCAACAGGAAAAGUAAAUGCAUAGGAAGGUUGCAGGGGCAAUUAAUCACUGGCAUCCAUGCUGUAAGUCAUGAAACAGCAGAGUGGAGCAGAGCAGGUCUGCUGGAGCGGAGGACAGAGGUGCAUGGCUCCCACAUGCCUGCGUGUCUCCGCCGCAACCCGACCAGCCUUUGCCUCGGUCCGCGGGUUACAGCUCCACAAUCAAACUUUUCUGUACAUUUCCACGUCACCUGGACGCCAAACAUAAAUUUGGCAUCCUAUGCAAAUAUAUGCUGACGUAAAAGAUCAUGUGGUUUUUGUCGUCGAUCCCCCCUAUGAGCAACGAGGAGGCUUUUUUUUUCUCCUCUCUACUGUUGUCUUUAGGUUAGCUAUGCUACAAUCUUUACUGUACCCAGCGCUAGCUAUAUGCGCUCCGCACCGCACCACUCUGGAUAUCUGGGAAUAAUCAACUUCCAGCCUGUCGCACCCCGCAACUACACACCGCUCACAGCUCCCACCCUGUCGAGAUGCGCAGUAUGCAGGGCAGAGUAGUGCAGACACCAGAGAAGAAUACCCCAAGUGCUGCUGGUUUAACUGACAUUUAGAAAGAAGAGGACCGACGAAAAGAGAGGAAGAGAAGGACGGACCGUGUUUGGAGGAGGAGGUGGAAGAUAAAAUUGGAGACCCGCCCACUCUGGUGAAGCCCCUCCCCUUAGAGGAAGUGCACUUGACCCCCGCUGCUGUCUGUGAUGCCCUCCCAUGACGCCCAGGCUGGGAGCUGACACUGACGGUGAGCGGGAGACGCCACUGCACAGCCGGUCCUGGGCCCGUUCCAUCAGCUGGUUUUCACCCUCGCUCUUGCACGCUGGAGACUACUCCUUCACCCACCAACUGGUAUCCACAAUCAUCAGCUACUAUCCACUUCAGUAAAGUUCGCUUAAAAAGACCCAACAAUCUGCUAAGCUUGGUCACCAGCACUAUCAGCCAAAAUCCACAGUCUCUUAAAAAACAAUCAGCAGCACCAGCACAGCUAUUACCACCAACACCAGCAGCAACAGCCAUCAUGUCCAGCCGUAGAAAGUCCUCCACACCUUGCAUGGUCCGGGUCAUAAGCGACCUGCCCGAUGAGCUAGAAGAUCCAGAAGACGUGAUGGAUAUGGAAAAACUGUCUGCCAAUGCCAUGUCGGCAAACGGACAGUCAGAACUAUCAAAAACCAAUGCAAAGCAGGAUCCACAGCAGGAGAAUGCAGAGAAGACUGACAAGGGGACAUUUUUAAAGCAAGUGGAAACACAAAACCUUGAGCCAUUAGUACAAGAGCUGGAGUCCGAUAAAGGAGAUCAAACUCACGUCAUGGAAAAUGUAGACAUAAGUGAACUGAAAGACAAAGAAACUGAAUCUGAACAGGUGUCAGAGAAAAAGCAACCUAGAGGGUACAAAUGCAAAUACUGUCCGUUUUUGACACAGAAUCUGAGUGACUUUAAGGAACAUGUAGACUCCAGUCACCCUAACGUCAUUCUGAAUCCACUGUAUCUCUGUGCCGUGUGCAACUUCAACACCAAGAAGUUUGACUCACUCACGGAGCAUAAUGAAAGCCAGCACCCAGGUGAGACAAACUUCAAGUUUAAAAGGAUACAAAGGAACAAUCAGACUAUCUUAGAACAGACAAUCGAAGGCAAAGACAAUUCAGCUGAAUGCAAAAUGACAGACGAACAAGGUGAAGGCAACAGUAGUUCCAUGUUUCCACCUUGUAUAUCUACAACAGUAAAAACACCCUGUAACAUGCAAUCCCUCUUUGGAGGAGCAGACCUUCAAAGCCAACUGGAUGGUUUGAUCCAGAAGGAUCAGAUCACAGCAUUAAACAUCAAUGGAACAGUUAUCAUACCUGAACCCACCAUGCUUCAAGGGCUCUCUCAUGUCACCCCAAUGCUUAAGCGCCCACCCAACUUUAACUCUGUACCAAAAAUAGCUGUUCCUUUGAACACCACCAAAUACAACCCGUCCUUAGACGACAAUUUGACAUUGAUCUCAUCCUUUAACAAGUUUCCUUACCCAACUCAUGCCGAGCUGUCAUGGCUCACGGCUGCCUCCAAGCAUCCGGAGGAGCAGAUCAAAGUCUGGUUCACCACCCAGCGGCUGAAGCAAGGGAUCACCUGGUCCCCAGAAGAGGUGGAGGAAGCCAGAAAAAAAAUGUUCAAUGGUUCUAUUCCUCCUGCCCAUCACACAUUUACCAGCCCUAUGUCUCAUCCCCCUGCCAAAUUGUCCAAGCAGCCUAUUGUUCACACAACUGUCGAGCACCCAGGUCAGGUGCGGACAACUGUGUCCAGUGAAUUAAGUAUUGUCUCAUCCACAAAUUCUUCUGCAGGGGUGACGAUAGGUUCCAGCCACAAUCUUAAACGAUCCCUGACCACACAUCUAGCGUCACAGAUUGGUCCCGAGGCAAAGCGACCUAUCAUGGCGGUGGCCCCUCAUUCUGGUGACCCUAAAGACAAGCUUCUUAUGGCUCCUCCGCCACCACCUCCACCCCAGAAAGACCGACUACCAAUGGCUCCACCACCAGUUCCUAUGGAAAUGAAAAGACCUGGAGCAGCUCCGCUAGUCAAUGCAGAAAUGAAAAGGCCAUCUUUUCCUGUGCCUUCAAUGCUGCCACCAUCUUCAUCGUCAUCACUAUUAUCGUCCUCCAAAGGGAAGUUUCUCUCUGCAACUGGAAAUUCCAAGACAAAGCCAGUCGUCUCUUUGCCCUCCAUGGUGUUUCCAGAGUCCUUAACAAGGCCUAUGAUAGCUCCUCCGCCUAUAUAUGCCCCACCAUUUAAAAACUCUUUGCUAAUCCCCCGAACUAGUCCCAAAGAAAAGCAUGGUAAUACUCACCCUUUGCCUGAUUUGAACCUGCCAAACUCUCCUCCGUCAAUAAACUCUCACAUAAGGCGGCCAACCAUCAUCCAGUCUGUUCGCACUCCAGCUAAAAUCCCUUCGCAAAUCCAGGGGUUCCCUCUGGAGGGCAAGAAACUAAAGGAGCACCAGAGUUUAGAGAUUAAUUCUGGCUACCCCAGAGGAGAUAAGAUUGUCAGUCCUCUGACAGAGGCUAAUGGGACAUCUCGUUUGGAUGGUAAAAUGUUCACAGAUCAGACGUUCCCUACUCACAAUAACGGAAUCAUACAUUUGGACGGUGGCGAUGCUUCAACACCACAAAAACAAGAUUUUAAUCCAAAGUCCUCAGUGAUGACUCAGUUCCCUUUGCUGGAAAGGAUGAAAGGAAAAACAGCAAAACAACUGAAGGUCUUGGAGGAGAAUUUCUUGCGGAACAGCUUUCCCACGCAUAGCGAUGUGGACAAUCUUGCAGCCACGACCCGCCUGUCUCAUCAGGAAAUUGACAGCUGGUUUGUGGAGCGCCGUGCACUACGAGACAACCUGGAACAAGCCCUUCUCAACUCCAUGGGCACUAAGAAAUUGAGUGGUACUCCUGGCAUAGGGGAGAAACAGUUACAUCCACAACAGCAUCAAACUAUACAGCUGAACGGGGUCCACAAAACAAACACUAAUGUGGUCAAUCUUAAGAGCCCUCCUUUACCUUCACAUGCCCUCUCCAUUGCUUCUUCCAUCCCUAACUUAAAUACCUGCUCAGUGCCUCCAGACAGCCGAUCACUGGCACUCCUCAAGGACGAUUUUGCUCAAACACGGUGGCCUUCCCCUGAGGAGUUACACCAGCUGCAAGGUCGGAAAGGACUUGCUCGCUCCGAGCUCGCUCAUUGGUUCACUGACACUCGGCUGCAGAGCAUGGAACUGACAGAACUCUUUCACAACAAUGGAAUAAAUGGAGGGCAGGGGCAGUCUGUGUGUUCCCCUGAGAAAACUUCAUCCAGCAUCAUCCAGCGUUGUCAGGAAGGAGCCGUAGCAAACAACAACAAAGUGCUGGAGCUGGAGCUUGGAUGGCUGUUGGACCAGCGUUCCAACAGUCUCAACAAUCAGCAGCACACUGAGCUCCAAGACCAGUUUGCUGGCAGACUGAGGCAGCAGAGUAUGGCUGAAUUGAAGAACGGGGCCCAAAACGGGGGACUCAUGGGAGGAGCCCGGGAGGUGUUCGGGAGCUGGCUGGACGACGGACCUUUGAGGAGGGGACGGGAGCUGCUCCUGGACCGAGAGAGGAAGAUGGCGGAGGAGACAUCCGGGCGGCUUACAGGAUAAAGAUUUGCCACCGUCACUGCUGCUGGAAACAUACAGGAAGAAAGAAUCUGAAGAAUGGAGAGACGAAAAGCUCUUUUUUUAUUUUCUUUUAAUUAACAGAUAUUGUACUGUAUUAUUAUUUUUUAAAACCAAUUCUUAUCUCUUGAUUGUCGCAUCUGAGGUCACGCACAACAUCUUCCUCGAUCCGGUUUGAGGCAGUGUCGUCCAUGCUUUCCUGCUGAAGUGACCCCAGGACGGGAACGGUUUUUGAGUUUAAAUAAGAGUGGGCUUUUGAGGCGGCCGGUUUUAUUAGGGGACAUGAGCGAGCAUGCACCCAUACCAAAAUUUGAAGAGCUCAAAUAGAAAUCCAGGGUCACAAUCUGUGAAAGUAAUUGAAAAAUCCCUCCUUUUUAAUAGAGUUCAUAUUUAUGCUUCCAGCUUUCACAGUGAAGUGGGUUUAAUAAAAGUAAUAUACAAACAAGAUCGAAAGGCAUUUAAGCUAAUUUACAAAAAACGACUUUCAGCGCACAGAUGUAAAAAUCCUGUCUAUACAAUCAGUUUUACCAAAUUAAAGGCAUGGCAGGGGGAGGCAGAAGCACUAUUUUAUCAACUUAUGUCUAAAGUUUUUCAUACAGUGUUAAUAUGUAUAAACCGGUUUGCUUUUUUCUUUUUUAGGUUUGCCAAGGUUUUAAGCAAUUUUGGCUGCAAAACCUCUGUUGCUACAUUUUAAAGUGCUUUUAAUGGUUUGCCAGAAGAAGUGCCUGAAUGACAAAAUUUCUUUCUCUCCACCAUUUCUUCACACUGCCUGUCAGCUGGCUGAAAGAAGGCUACCAAAAAUAAUGUUUGAAAAUGUUUCCUGUCCCAAAACAAAACGCACUGUGGGGUGCCGGCCAUCACUUAUUUUAAAUUAAUGUAGUUUAAACCUGAAAUAGGUAUGGUAAGCAGUUAACUGCAGGCUGCUAGCUCCACAAAGUAUUAAGCUCAGAUCAACUCCGACCUUUACUCAGUUACAAAAUGUAAAAAGGUAUUUAAAAAAAUACCUGUGCAACAAAGACUUGAAAUGUAAUAAUAACGUUAGCUACUAAUUUAAUCAAAAAAUAAAAGUCAAAAUAAGAUUAAAAAUAAUUUAUUAAAACUAAGUCAAAAAGAAAACAGAUUGACAGGUAUCUUUUUAAGUCUUUUUUAAGAAUACUUCUUAUAGGUAGUACUUGCACCUUUUUUUCUGACCAGUGAGAUUCAUUGCUUUAUUUCUGAUUAGGAACUCUAAAUUUAGAGUUUUUAAGAAGCAUCACCUUUUGUAUCCGAAAUUGCUUUCUAACAAGCCGCCCUGAUGCACAUGCUUGACAAAUGGUGCAUUUUGUAUGACAAUUUCCUAUUUGCACAGAAAAAGGUUUUUCUCAUCAAACUGUCAGAUUUAAAGUGGUUAAACAGAAACCUGGCUCUUGAAAUAUGAGUUUAAAAUGCAGAACUUCAGAUUCAUUCAGUAACUCAUUUUCCUUUAGUAGAAGAUUUAAAUUGUUCUAGACUAUCACCUAAAGGAAGCUUUUAAUUGUUUCUUUUUUUUAAAACUUCUUGACUUGUUUGUUUACAGUCUAACCAGUACAUGUAUGAGUAGACUACGUUAAUGAUCCGUGCUUUAUUCUAAGCCCCUUAAAAGCCUCUUGAAUAACAGAACCCUUCCACGAAGUGAGCCUGUAGGAAGCAGAUUAGACCCGGCGGUUGAACUGGACCGAUGGGCGGGCAGAGUGAAGGCUGAGGUGAUGUUGUGCAUGACCUGCGUUGCUUUGGAGAUGUGAGGAUGAUGAGGAGGAAGGUGAACCAGAGCACUGAAUGUGUGCCUGCAGCAACAGUUUGACUGUACACGCCAACCGACGGAUCGACCGACGGAUCGUCAGACAGGUUGGAUCUGAAACAAACAAACAAACAUGGAAAAAAAAAAAAAAAAAGACAGACAAAACAAAAUCGCCGUGUGCCAAAGCUGGGAUCUGCUGCAUUCUCACUACACUUUUGAAAAAAAAAAAAGGUUUCUUCUUCUUCUUGUUGUCAUUGUAAAUAGGAUAUAUUUGUUUGUUUGUUUGUUUGUUUGUUUGUUUGUUUUUUCCUGUACUGAUAGAUUUGUAAAAUUUGCGGACAAAUUUUGUUACAUUUUGUAAAAUGGGAGCAAUUCGUCCCCCCGACAGGCCUCCUUUUUGCUUUUUCUUCAUUUUUAAACCCCUCUUACUUUCAAGUCUUUUACGAUUUAUUUUUGUUUGUUUGCUUAUUUGUGAUGACGGACUUUUAAACAAACAUGGUGCCAGCAGUGCGUGUGUGUGUACAACUUUCUUUUUUUUUUCUUUUCCCAUCUCUCCUUCUCCUCUUUUUGUCCUGAACCAGAGUGGAACCACUACAAAAAAACUGAAAAAAAAA